AUGGACGAUUUGUCAGAUGACGCUCCAGACACGAAUGAUGAUUGUGAUAAUGAAACUGAUGAUAAUAGUGACGAUAGCGAUGAUGAUAAUAGUGAUGGUGGUGGUGGUGAUGAAAGAGGAGUGAGUCCGGAGUACCCAGAAGUAAGAUUUUCAGGUUCACAAUUUGAGGACAACCAUUUACAAAGAAAUUGGAUCAUUCCUGGUGUAGAAAAUUAUGCAAUUGAGGAAACAAGACCCGAAGUGUCAAUUCCAUACCAGGGUGAUCUUUUACACAUGGGUGCACUCUUUAGAAGUAAACAGGAACUAAUUUUGGCAUUUGGACAAUAUUGUGUUGAUGUGAAGAUGGACUAUCGAGUCAGACGUUCGUGCACAAUUCGAUUUGAGGCUGGUUGCAAGGAUGUAAACUGCAAAUUUAUGCUUCGUACAAGAUGCAGACCUUGUUGUUCGUUUUGGCAUGUGGUGAAAUUUAUGCCGAGUCACACAUGUACUCCGGAUGUCUAUGAUUCACAUUUUCGAAGUGUGAAGGCUAUUGUCAUCGGAAGUUUGUUCUCUGAAAGAGUGACGAGUAGUGAAUAUACACCUAGAAUGCUAAUGGGGGAGUUGUUGGAGCAACAUGGUGUGCAGAUUAUGUACAUUAAAGCUUGGAGGUCUUUACAACAUGCAAAGAGACUUACUUAUGGUAAUGCGGAUGAAUCAUAUCAGCAACUACCCUCAUAUUUUCACAUGUUAAAAGAAACAAAUCCUGGCAGCAUCACGGCAAUAGAGAUAGAUGAAAAUAAUUGUUUUUUAUAUUCAUUUUUUGCACUCGGAGCUUGCCUUCAUGGUUUCCAGUCUUACAUAAGACCGGUUGUUGCCGUUGAUGCCACACAUUUGAAAGGUGAACACAAAGGGGUGAUAUUCGUUGCCACUUGCAAAGAUGGGGAGGAAAUGAUUUAUCCCAUCGCUUUUGGAUUUGGAGAUGGUGAGUCUGAUAGAUCAUGGAUAUGGUUUUUGAUGAAAUUGAGAGAGGCUAUUGGAGUGCGAGAAGAUUUAGUCAUUGUUUCUGAUCGUCACCAAAGCAUUGCGAAUGCGAUGAGUCCUGUCUUUCAUUCUGUCCCACAUGUCUUUUGUUUCUUCCACCUUAAGCAAAACUUGAAGAAACGUUGUAGACAACAAAAAGAUGUGAUGACUGCAUUCUACCUUGCAGCAUACAGCUACACCACAAUAGAGUGUGAUACAUACUUGGCAGAAAUACAAUCGAUGCAUCCUCAGACUCAUCUGACAUUGAUGGAAGCAAGACCGGAAAAUGAUAGGCAUGCUGCAGCUGCCAGACUCGAAACCAUUGUGACCUCCGCUGCAGUGGCACAUGUCAAUUUGGCGCAUGCCAAAACAUUAGACCGAGGAUGUCGUGUAGUUCCUGUAAUACAAGGGAAUAAAUACCUCGUGCAACAUGCAAAGGAAGGCGAUGAGAUAGUUGACAUUGUUGCGAGUACAUGUAGUUGUCGCAAGUGGGACAUUGAUCAAAUGCCAUGUCUUCAUGCAAUUGCUGUUAGCAGUUUCAUGAGGGUACACUACCAUAUGCUUUGCCAUUCAUAUUACACCGCAGAUUGGGUCAGACGUGCAUAUGCACCUCCCAUCAAUCCUCUCCCUAACAAGGCUACUUGGAUUCUUCUAGCGUACGUCAGACAGAUGGUUAUACUCCCACCUGUGCAAAGAAGACAACCGGGUAGACCGAGAAAUGGUCGGAUUCCUUCCAUGGGGGAAGCUCGUCGAAGAAAAAAAUGUGAAAAAUGCGGUGAACUAGGACACAAUAGUUUUGGUUGCCCUAAUGAAUGGACUUCCUCCAUUGGAGAGUCGAGCACAGCCACUACUCCAGAAUCCAGGGGCGCUGCUAGGGUCUUUGCAAGGGCAAGCCGGAAAUGA